AUGGCCGAAUUUAAGAGUGACCCAUGCGACCCCGUCGUCCUCAGUCACAAGGCAUGGUGGGAAGAGGAGUCUGAGUCAGUCAAUGACAAUGAAGACAAUGAAGGUAGCAGAGAAGUGCGUAUGGAAUCUAGCAACUUUUCCGAUAGUGAGGAUGAUGAAAUUACAGAAAAUAUUUUUAACGGGCCAAAAGACGAGUAUAGGUACAAAUGGAAUGAAUUCCAGCAAUUGUUGAUCGAUGUUUUUGGAGAGCAAGUCGAGCCACCAGACGUUCCAAGGAAAUAUACGCAGACGCGCUAG